AGAGAUUGUUGCUCCAGAGCAUCUCGUUUAAGUAAAUAGCCAUCCGGGUUUGAUGUCGAGAUCUGACCUCUUUUAAGCUUCGUUUUGGAUCGCUGCAACGCGCCAAGCCUCGGUCCGCCUGAGCUCUAUCUAGGAAGAAGCGCGCAAGCAGUCCAAGAACGUCAACUCCAAAACAUCAGGUCCUCUGUGGAUCUCAACGGCAAAAUGAACUUCGCUCCAUAUCAGGAUGAGUCGCCCGAGAUCGAGCGAGCUAUGUCUCCAGCAUUCGCUGACAGAGUAAAAUCACCCAACCUACGCUCGCCGCGCGCAUCACCGACGACCCCGAACUAUCCCGGAGGCGGUCUGCCAUCCCCAAGUCAAUUCGCAGGUGUCGGUGGAGGACAGAUCAAUGGAGGAUAUGAGAGAGUGGUGGAAAAUGGAAGACUGAGUCUGGAUGCCUUUGAGACCAGUUUGCCGAUACGGUUAGACUAUGAAGCUAUGCUGGCAUAUCUUCUGCUGCCACCAGCCGGCGGGGUCUUUCUGCUGCUGUUCGAACACAAGAGCGACUAUGUCCGGUUCCAUGCCUGGCAGUCAAGCUUGCUCUUUACCGCUAUCUUCAUACUCCAUCUCAUAUUUGCUUGGUCGAGCUUUAUAUCGUGGCUGAUGUUCAUCGGCGACAUUGUUCUAAUCGGCUUCCUCGCUAUGCACGCUUAUCGAGACGUUGAUUCUCUCGAGCAUUACGAGGUUCCCUUCUUCGGGCGAUUCGCAAACUCCUUCGUUGAUGAUGAAUAAACUUUAUGAUAGCCAUCUUCCUUUACCAAUCCACAACCAUGUGAUCUUGAUACCCUUGUUAAUCACCUGUUGUGGCUUUCCAGCGCUUGCAUGAUCAGAAGGCAAACCCCUUCUCUUUAUGCCUUUUUUUCUACAUGACUGUGUGCGCUACUCUUAUUUUUCUCGAUGUUGGCGGCCUCAUUGUAUCGCUAUGUUCAGCAUCUUUUGGUUCUAAGGCGGUCAGCUCUUUCAUGUAACAAUACUCUGGCCGCUGGCUCCUUGCAGAUUCUCAUAAAUUUCUCAUGAAUUAUGUACA